UAGACGGGAAUGAAAGAGCGAAGUCAAUGGAAUAACAGGAAAACGUAGAGAAAGUAGAACAAUGGGAGAAGUGAAAGAGCUCGAUACUCUGGAUGAUUUCGGGGAAAACCGUGGUAAAUCUCAGAAGGUGUAAGUGCCGAGGGAACGCAAGGAUUCUUAAAGCUUUUAAGAACUGGCAGAAUCGGUGUAGCUCAGGGAAGUUGAAAAGUUGGAUAAAGACUAUAACAGCCCGUAGCUAUGGAAUCCAAAAAUUGAGCAAUGUAAAUUGCGCUUGAGAACGUUCAUAAAUAAACAUCGAAAUAAUUUGCAAAUUACAAGCACACCGUAUAAAUUUCUUUUGAAAUCUUAAAAGAAGGUCAUCACAAAAAUAUAUUGAAAUAUAUUACGGUCCUUGAGGUAGACUUGUAUAAAAGCUAGCGUGAAACAAGUCCAUUAAGUUGCACAAUGAGCCUUUCACAGGUUCUACUCGUUUUUGCUUCGGUCCUCGUUGCUGCCCGCGCUUUUGAGGCUAAGGUGGAAACCCAAGCAAUAUAUGACAGAUGGCGAAACCGCACCGAACAGGAACAUCCCGAGUGUGAGAAAACGUGGCCCAUAACGAACGACGAGAAGGAUGGGUACUUUCGCCAGCACAAAGUGACGGAUACGCCCACCUUUAAGUGCUACCUCAAUUGCAUCCACAUGGCCUUUAAUCUUACGGACGAGAACGGAAGGAUCAACAGGGAUCAGUUCUUUAAGACGUUCGAGCGGAUGACCUACCAGAUGUUGGACUUUUGCGAUGGAAGUGUUGUGGAGCAGACCGACAAGUGCGCGCAAAUUUACGAUUAUGUCGACUGCCUAAUGCAUUACGGAAAGGUGUAUGCUUGAAUCCCUUUGGGGUGUAGAAGUACUAGAUUUUCAACUGUAGGCUUGAAUACCCCGAACGAGGGGCGAGUUACGGGUCCUUAAGCGGGGGACUGCUAACAAAAACUCUUUGGUUGAGAAUCUCUGUGCGAUAAUAGGUAGCGAUUCGCGUGUUUCCACAUAUUUUGUUGUUAAGGUUGGAGUUGACCAAGGCCAUGUAAAUUUCCAUGCAGUUUUUCACAAAGGAUUUGUGCUACCUGCUAACCUGCUUGUUUUCAAACUUGAUUGCAACCAACAUUGAGUAUUUGAGCAAUUAGUGUGUUUCUUUAAUUAUUGCUCAAACUUUUUUUGGAUUAAUUAAUCAAAUGUCUAGGUUUUUCUCAGCCGUACUUGGCACUCUCUCGUUUUUCGAGUGUGACACAUUUUUGACUUUACUUGUUUUGCUUUUAAACAUUAACGUACACCGAAUAACCUUCAUAGGUUUCAAAUCUCCAUAAUAAUAUUAUUAAUAAACAAACUUU